AUGGCAGCAACGUCGAGAGGAUGGUGGCUUCGAAUGCCACGACCAAGGACAUUCUUUGGCAUCAUGUCCUUACAGACGGGCACCGAGAUUAUCACGCUCGCACUUCUCCUCAAUAAGAUCACGGGCAUAUACGGCCUCAUCGCGGUGCUGACCGGCUACGCUCUCUCGGCCCUCCAGCUGUCCAUGUACCUCUACUCGGUGCUCUGCGUCGCCGCCCUCGCCUUCCUCAUGCCACACAUCCGCAAGCAGACGCCCUUCCACAACCUUGCCCUCGCCUGGCUGUACCUCCUAGACACGGCCAUCAACGCCGCCUACACGACCUCCUUCGCUGUCGCGUGGUACCUGGCCGGCUUCCACGACCCCGAGGGCACCGCCGGCAAGGACGCCUCGCCCAACACCCCAGGCGUCGGCGGCGGCAACAACGGGACCUACGCCGUCGGUGGUGCGGGGUCGCCGCGCGAGGAAGACCUGCAGGCGCGCGAGACGGCCGUCAGCAUGGUGACGAUCGUGGCGCUGACGCUGGUGCGCGCGUACUUUGCCGUCGUGGUGGCGGGCCACGCGCGCGCGGUGCUGCUGCGGUUCGCCGAGGGGCGGCCGGUGCAGGAGGCGCGGGUCGGCGUCGGAGGGGCGGCGCAGAAGGGCAGGGUCGGGAACCCGUUUGCCGAGGGGACGGCCGAGGGGGACGGGUGGAGGGGAGGGCUGGGGAGGGUCAUGGUCUCGGUUGGGGAGGGGUACUGGCUCGGGAGCAGGGAGGAUGAGGAGUGGACGAGGGAUGUCAGCUCAAAAUUUAGGAGUGCUGCGAGGAGUCAGGGUGGAGAGCGGGCGCCGUGA